UGUGCCCAUUAGUACAAUAGGAAAAGUUACACUGGAGUUGAAGCGUGGUGUCCUGUAGCGUGAUCCUUCACAGUUAUCCUCAGGAAGCCGUCUCCAUUCAUUGUCACCAAUGGUUUGAGGCAGCGAGGAGUGCGCUCUUAUAAGGUGUCAAUAGCCCACUCUGGAGAAACAGGAUUAAAUAAAAACACCACAUUUUUACUUUGUCACUUCUCAUCUCCAGUACUUGAUCCGCGCUCAAGGGGACCCACAGUCAUCAUGACUUGUUUUUUGCUCUUUAUAUUAUGUGGAUUGUCGAGCGGUGCGCUUGGAAAGGGUAAGGAGCCUAAGGAGCAGAAGGGGAAGUUCAGCGUUCCGGCUCUGGACGUGAAGGAUCAGCAGCUCGUCCUGGAAGCCAAUCAGACGUUGACGCUCAACUGCAGAGGGCGCUGGGAGCUGUCGUGGGCGUUCCCCGUGGGCGUGGCCAAAGACCAGGAGAGCGUGAAGGUGGUGGAGUCCCGCUGUGGGAAGAGAAGGCAGCAGUUCUGCAGCCUCCUGACCCUCACACCUGCCCGGGCCCAACACACCGGCUCCUUCCGUUGCCGGUACCGCCACCGGCCCCAGCGACAGAGUCCUGUCUACGUGUAUGUCACAGACAGCCGGCAGCCAUUUGUAGAGCUACAACUAAGGAGCCCUGAUGUGGUGUACAUCAAGGAGAGAGAGCCACUGGUCUUCCCCUGCAGGGUCACCAACCCCAACGCUUCUGUCUCAUUGGUCAAGUACCCAGACCAGCCGCUGGUUCCUGACCACAGGAACAUCGUGUGGAACAGCAGGCAGGGCUUCGUCGUACGACGGCCCUCCUUCAUCUUCGUCGGUCUUUUCUCCUGCCAGGCCACCGUAGACGGAGUCAAACACACCUCUAAGUACCUGGCCAUCAGAUUAGUCAACAAGAUCACAGCGGUGUACCUGAACGCCAGUGGGCCAGUGCAGGCCCUGCAGGGAGAGACUCUGUCACUCAACUGCACAGUGACUGCUGAGCUUAACUCCAGAGUGUCCAUCAUCUGGAGCUACCCUGCACAGGCCAACGACUCAGCCUCCAUCACCAGGAGGAUAGAGAAGAGGAGGAGCCACACGUUGUUCUACAGCGUCCUGUCCAUCCCCAGACUGCAGCGCUCAGACAGGGGCCUCUACACCUGUCAUGUGACCAGCGGGCCUCAGAGCAGGCAGGCCAACGUGUCAGUCACCGUCUACGACCGUCCGUUUAUCCGUCUGAAGCCCAGACAUGGGGUCGUCCUGGAAACUCACGCAGGUCAGAAGUCCUACCGCCUGUCUCCCAAGCUGCGAGCCUUCCCUGGCCCUGAGGUCAUCUGGCUGAAGGACGGCAUGGCGGCGGCUGAGCGCUGUUCCCGUUACCAUGUGGACGGGAGCUCCCUGGUGAUCCGGGACGUGGCAGAGGAGGAUGCUGGGAAGUACACCAUGCUAGUGGGCAUCCAGGAACACGGGCUGUACCAGAACCUCACACUCUCUCUGGUCGUCAACGUGAGUCCUCAGAUAGGAGAGAAGGCCGUGUCGGUGCAGGACCCAGGCACAGUACAGAGGGGAAGCCGACAGGCCCUGCACUGCACCUCCCACGCAGUGCCUCCACCACAGGUGCAGUGGCUUUGGUACCCCUGCCCCUCCAAAGGCCUCUUGGCCACCCCUCGAGCCUGACGCCGCACUGGAGGAGGCCCAGGGACUGUGGGCUGGGUCGGGCCAGGCUGAGAGGACCCAGGGUCUGGGUCUGGGCCUUGGUCUGGCCCUGGGAACAGCAGUGCUCUUAUCUGGCCCAAGCAGGAGGCGCACUGGGUUUCCUGUGCGAAAAUCAGAGCGCUUUUCCUCUCGUUGUUUGGCUUCCUCCCCGACGCGAGACGUUUCCCACCAGUGUGAUUGUCCCUCUGUCUUCAAACGUGGCAUAGUCCGCUUCCUCAAGGGCUUGAUCUAUUCCUGAGACCCCCACCCCCACCACACCCUUCCACCCCAUCACACACACACCUCUCUUCCCGCACUGCCCUCGCCAGCUCUGCCCCCCACAACCACCCUCUCCCCCCCCCCCCCGCCCCCCGCCCGUCCUCAUCAGAAGGAUCCACCCCUUCCUUCACCACACCUUACACCUCUCAAGCCCCCCCUCCCCCCCUUCAUCCCUCCUCCCACACUCUCAUCGAGGCUGUUACCAUGGCAUCCAGAGCCCUCUGUGACAGUACUGGCCCAGGGCCCCCAAAGUGGUGCAUUCUGGGAAGUGAAAGCCUGGGGGGGUGGGGGGUCUAGGACAGAGACCCGGACCACUGUUGAGCAGUGAGGAAGAGGAGCAGCCUAGGAGGAAGGCCGGAGGACGUUGAAAAAAUCCACUGAGGAUCUGAUCAGCAUUCAUGGUUAUUCUAUUAAUUUAUAUCCCUCCCCUUUUUGCUGUAAACGGAUUCCCCCCCCCCCCCCCCCCCGGCCCCCGCCUGCUCCCCCCCAGACGUUUGAGCCGUUAGGAAAGUGCAAUUCCAUCCGUCCGUCUGCUAGCCACAAUUCUGGAGCUGCUUCCUCUUUACUGUGUCCUAGAGUGGUACUAUACUGGGAGUCUGGUCUGGGCCCUGUCCCCAGCCCUGACACCAUGCUGCCGUUCUAACAUGCUCUCAAGCUGUGACUUGUGUUCUCCUGACAUUCUCCAUGACUGUAACUUCAUCUACACAUCUUGGGUGGCAGGCAGUAGGAAGAGAGGAAGUGUUGUGUGUCGCUAUGGGAUGCCUACAGUUCUCUACCGAAAGACUGAUCGAUUACCAAACCCUACAGUUCUCUACCGAAAGACUGAUCGAUUACCAAACCCUACAGUUCUCUACCGAAAGACUGAUCGAUCACCAAACCCCUACCAUGUAGGAGAUCCCAGGACCAGAGACUUUGUGUCCUAUGUCGCCUGUCUUGUUCUGCCAUUUCAGUGUCCUGUCUUGUAAUUGUAUGUCACAAUUAUGUCCUUCGUUCUACUACUGUAUAGCUACCACCAUCAGAACGCUUCAGCGUUUUGAAACUGACAUUUAUUGUGUAGGAGAUAGUUUGUUUGUGUUUUUACAUGCACAAUUUAUGUUUUUUUUUCGUUUGUUACAAUGUGUUUUGCGCUUUGGUGCAUGCUUUUGUGUGUGUGUGAAUGUGUGUGUUUGUGUAAAUGUGUGUGUGCAUGUGAGUGUGUGUGUGUGUGUGUGUGUGCAUGCAAGUGUGUGUGUAUGUGUGUGUGCAGUGCCCUAUUUUACGGGUCUCUCCCAAUGUGAUUAAUUCCUUGUAUACAGAUUUUCUAUGAGUAAUAUAUAAAUCUAAUAUUUAAUAAUUUUAUACAACUAACUUACUUAUUAUAAAUGCCAAUAAUUGCCAAACGUGUAUGAAAACUGUAUUGUUUAAGUGUUAUAUAUAUAUAUAUAUAUAAUGUUGUUUUUUACAUUAAAUUUAGCUUGAACUUG